AUGUCACAAUGGGUGGCAACGCAAACCUCAGAUUCAAGCAGAGGGCCCACGGCUGCUGAACUUCUUAUGAACGUAAAAGAAUUGAUUGAUCAGCCCCAGUUUAGUGGGAAAGUACAAAGUCGAGUUCCGUUAGGCGAAGAAACCAAGCAGUACACAGAAAUAAUCAUCUCUCUGUCUGACAUGCUCAGUCAGUUCCCAAAGCCAAAUGUGCCCUCCAAUAAGAAGGAAAUGGACCUUGCUAUCUCGUUGGCCAGCCUUUCUUUGGAAGCCAUGGAACAAAUCAGCAAACGGAUGGAAGGUGUUCUAGUGGGCCAGGAGUCGAACCUAACAUCGAAGCUCCUGGGCUGUCUUGCAAUCGUGGAUGACUGGGAUCAGAAGCCAGAAGUUGAUCUCAAUAAGCUUCAAGAGUUGCGGCAACAUACUUCACAGGUGGUAGCGGCAAGUCUUAGUCAUCGCCUGGAAGAAUCAUUCGUAACAGAAAGAAACCUUGGCGACCCUUUUCAAGUUGUUGAAGAGUGCAUGCAGGAAAUCAUGACUACAAUACAUGUUCCUAACCUGAGUUGGAUAGAGAUCACACAACUAAACAUCUCAAACUACCCCGUCAAGUUGAUACCGUUUGAUUCCAGCUUAAACAAGAUCUCUUUAUCUACCUUGACCAUGACUUUCCAAGUCAUCAAAGGGGUUCCAUUCAUCUUCACAGAAAGGUUCUAUAAAACACACUUAAUGGCUAGUGAUCUUCUCGGCACCUUGACCAAGACAUCCGAUACCUCUAUUCGUUCUUCGAUUUCCCGUCUGCUUGGUGUCAUGCAAUCCUUGCUCCAAAUCUCGCGAAUGCAUGCCAAGCUCAUCCAGCCUUCUUUGAUGCGCCUCUUAACAUUGCGACUUCAUAUGGGGCCGGAUACGCCUUGGGCUGAUGUAGAUAAGCAAUUAUCGGACUUGUUGGUAUCAACUGUCGACAUCUCGAUUCUAGCCGAAAGUAAUGCCAAGGAAAUUGCCAUCUCCCUUAUUACUCAAUCCUCACCAACAUCAGAACUACAG